AAAUACUGCCAGCAGUAUUUUCAUAAUUCUAGUAUAGACUUUUUCUUUGUAUAAAAGGGAAAGUAAGAACUAAUUUCAUUUAGAAAAGGCAAAAUACAAUUUGUACAAGACGAGAUAAGAAGAAAAAAUCUGCGGAUAUAUCUCUGUCUUUAUAUCUGUGUCUCCAUCCAUACAACCAUUAUUUAACAUAUCUCUCUCUCUCUCUCUCUCUCUCUCUCUCUCUCUCUCACACACACACACACACACACACACACACACACACACACACACGGUGAUCUGUCUUCCUCUCCUUGGGCACACUGCUGUGAGACCUCAGCUAGUGGAAAGUCCAGUCAGGCAGUUUUGCCCCUGACAAUUCCAGGUCUUUGGGUGUGGAUCUGUGAAGGUCAACAGCAGUCUGCUUCCAUUACAGCUGUUAUUUCUCUGCUCUCUGCCCCAGUUUGUGAGUCUGAAGUGGGAAUCAUAGAAGCGGCACUGCUAGUGCUCCCAUCUCAGCCUAAUAGUGCCAAGCCCACCCUGCCUCCCACCAGCUUCUCACCAGGACUGCCCUCUCAUGGGAGGUGGGACUUGAAUGGCAAAGGGAAGCCCAGCUCUCCUGGGAGGAGGACCGCAAGUUCAUCCUGCGGGGCUGGUCUCUCGUCUUCAUCAUUCUCUCUGCCCUGAUGGUGUUCAGCGUGGUGGAUGGGCAGAUGGCCUACUUGCAGGGCUCCUACACUGGUUACCUGGGCUUCUGGACCAACUGCAGGAGGCACAAGUGUCCCGACAUUGGCCAGGUCACAGUUCUCAUUCACAUGAGUAAGGGCCUCAUGAUGCUGGCCAUGGCCCUGUGCCUCAUCCUCCUCCUCUCCAUGAGCCUCUCCUUCCGACCGCUCUUCCGCCGCCUGAGCAAGCUGGACUUCGUCUUCAGCUCCCUCAGCAUCGGCAUUGAGGGUGGGAGAGGAAGUCUCUCUCUCUUCUCCCACCGUGAUUCCUGGGGGUCACUGUCCAGUCUCCUGCCAUCUCUGGCCCCACCCCAGUGCAGGGCUCCUGAUUUUCCUCAGCCUGACGCUUUUUGUAGUCAACUGCCAGAUACUGCGCCCAAGGCCACAGGAAUCUUGUCCUACUUAAACCAAGUGGGCGUAUGGAGCCGCUACACGUCCUCCUUGGAGCGGCCGGUCAGCAGUCGCCGGUGGGCCUCGCAGCAGUGUCCGCUGAGGCGCUCGUGCCAGGUCCUGGACCUGCCCCGCCUAAGCGCCAGCAAGGACGGUCGCCUACGUUCCUCCAAGGAGUAACACCCAAGCUUCUCGGGUCACUGGUAACGGCUGUUGGGGCCAGGCCGGCCUGGGCAGCGUGGCCACUUUCCAGAGAUGAGACCUCCCAGGAGGCCCCGCUGGCUGACUGCAGGCCACCUGCCCUCUGAAGACAAGGGCAAGCCCUGCCCCCUGUUUUAGGGUCCACCCUUUGCGGCUCUGUCUCCACCCACUGGGUCUUCUUAAGGCCCCCUGCCAUGGAAGUCCUGGGGUUCUGCCGCUCUGAUUGGUCCACCGUGUCCUGCCAAGCCCCAGAAGUGUGGCCAUUUGAGUAGCCCCGCCCCUGGUGCCCAGCCCUCUCUGGCCGUCCUCUCAGCCCUGGCAGUACACAUCAGAACUCCCCUCCCAGAGGUCCCGCUCCACCUGAUAUGUGGACGUCGCUCUUGCUCCGGAGGACACUCCACGCCCUGCACUUGGUGUAGCCUCACCCUUCUGCGCAACAAGUCUCUCCCUAGAGCGCCUCCCACAGCCCCUCCUGGCUUCCUGCCACAAUAAAACCUGAGGCUCUCCA